AUGGGCCAGGCAGCCUCCCAGGCCUCUCCGUCGACGCCCGCAUCAUGUCCUGUUGACCACACCGCACUCAAAGCAAAGGCCUCAGCAGGACAAUGCCCGAUCCAGCAUGACGCCUCCCCGCUGCCUCCUCAUCCUCUGCACCGCACAAUGUCCCAUCAGCCACGAAACCGCCGCCACCUCAAUCCGCUCAACCAGAUGCCCACCCUGUCGCAGGCCCCCGCAGCGCACCAGAGCAUGGCGCUCCCGACGGACCGCUCGACGUCGACCAUCCCGCGCGACGCCUCCUCGCGCUGGGAGUACCCCUCCCCGCAGCAGUUUUACAACGCGCUGGUGCGGAAGGGGUGGGAGACCCCGGAGGAGCACGUCGAGACGAUGGUGCAGAUCCACAACUUCCUGAACGAGCAGGCGUGGCAGGAGAUCCUGAAGUGGGAGCGGAAGGAGAACCCAGUCGAGGAUCCACAGCUGGCGCGGUUCAAGGGACGCCCCGGAGAGCUCUCGCCGAAAGCCCGUUUCUGGUUGCUCGCAGGCUGGUUGCUCCCAGCUCGCUUCAACACUGAGCCGCCUUUCGACCGUCAUGACUGGAUUGUCCGCCGACGGGGUACUGGCAAAGAAGUACGCUACGUGAUCGACUACUAUUCUGCCCCGCCCGAGCCAGACGGCUCGCCCGUGUUCUCUCUCGACGUCCGCCCCGCGCUGGACAGUGUUGGCAGCGUCAAGCAGCGGAUAGCGGCAGCUUCACAGGAAGCGUGGGCAUCGUUCAAGGAGAAUAAGCCCACCGGCAUCGCACGCGAUGCAUAA